GAUAUUCUUUUCGUGAAAUGUAGGUCAGGGACUCGCAGUCACAGGUUUUCAAUCCAUUUCGAGGCUUCACUCUCACGAGGCCGAACAGAAAAUAGAAAGAUAAACAGGAUACUCAUCACAUCGCCAUCGGAGUUUUUUUUUUAAUUAAAUAUAGAGACAAACCCGACUUCCAUGGCAUCCCUUCAAAUCGGCGGCCCGAUUACGAUCAACCCGUCUGCGGGUUCGCCGGGAUUCGACCGGAGCCGAUGUUUUCUGCCGAUUGAUCAUCUGGGUUUCCGUCGUUUCCGCGGGAGAUUUGGGAUCGCGCGGCCUUUGUUGCUCCGGCGUUGUUCCGUCGCGGGAGACGAAAUCGGAGAUCCCAAAGGCGGCGAGGACGAUGAUGAUCAGGGUUUCGUCAUGGACGCAGAGAGAGAUGUGUCUGGUUCUGUCAUUGGGUUUCAUCUCAUUCCUCCUGGGAUUGGUCAAGGAAUCAUCAGCUCUGGUACACACGAAAAAGAGACAGAUGAUGAAACAGAGGAAGUGGAUAUGGGUGAUGAGGAAUGCGUAGUGGUUAAAGAGGAAGAUGCAGAAGAAGAGAUAAAAUUAAUCCACAACAUCAUCUUUGUUACAUCCGAGGCCGCACCUUACUCCAAGACCGGAGGAUUGGGGGAUGUUUGUGGGUCUUUGCCUAUAGCAUUGGCCAAACAUGGGCACCGUGUCAUGGUUGUCUCUCCUCGUUAUCAGAAUGGUACAUCUGCGGAUGAGAACUUUGCUCGGGCUAAGGAUUUGGAUGCUCGUAUCAGCGUACACUGCUUUGGAGGUUCUCAAGAAAUCACCUUCUUUCACGAAUACAGAGAAGGCGUUGAUUGGGUUUUCGUCGAUCACCCAUCGUACCAUAGGCCUGGUAAUCCUUACGGAGAUUGUUACGGAGCCUUCGGCGAUAAUCAGUUUCGGUUCACUUUACUUUGCCAUGCAGCGUGUGAAGCCCCUCUCGUCCUCCCUCUCGGAGGGUUCACUUACGGAGAAAAAUGUCUCUUCCUCGUCAAUGAUUGGCAUGCCGGACUUGUUCCCACACUUCUGGCCGGAAAAUAUCGCCCAUACGGAGUUUAUAAAGAUGCAAGAUGUAUUCUUGUAAUACAUAACCUUGCUCAUCAGGGAGUGGAGCCAGCAGCUACGUUCAAAAAUCUGGGAUUGCCUUCGGAGUGGUAUGGAGCAUUGGAAUGGGUGUUUCCAACAUGGGCAAGGACUCAUGCUCUCGACACUGGUGAGGCCGUCAACGUUCUCAAGGGCGCUAUUGUCACCUCUGACCGGAUUGUUACUGUGAGCCAGGGUUAUGCAGGGGAAAUCACUACUGUUGAAGGUGGAUAUGGUCUACAAGACUUACUCGCCAGUCGCAAGAGUGUUAUAAACGGAAUCACGAACGGGAUUGAUGUUGAUGAGUGGGAUCCAUCUACAGACGGACACAUUCCCUUCCAUUACUCUGCUGAUGAUCUCUCCGGAAAGGUUAGUUGCAAGAUCGCACUGCAGAAGGAACUGGGUCUUCCCGUUAGGCCGGAAUGUCCCCUGAUCGGAUUCAUUGGGAGAUUAGAUUACCAGAAAGGUAUCGAUGUGAUACAAUUGGCUGCUCCUGAUAUGUUGGAGGACGACAUUCAAUUCGUCAUGCUGGGUUCAGGAGACCCGAAAUAUGAGGAUUGGAUGAAGAUGACGGAGGCUACAUACAGAGACAAGUUCCGAGGUUGGGUCGGAUUCAAUGUUCCUGUUUCUCAUCGGAUCACUGCCGGAUGCGACAUUCUCCUAAUGCCAUCAAGAUUCGAGCCAUGCGGUUUAAACCAACUAUACGCGAUGAGAUACGGGACCAUUCCCGUCGUUCAUGGCACCGGUGGACUCAGAGAUACGGUCGAGAAUUUCAACCCAUACGCCGCAGGAGGAGCUGGCGAAGGGACAGGAUGGGUUUUCUCUCCCUUGACGAAAGAAAGCAUGUCGACGGCGAUGAGGUUGGCGACGACGACGUACAGAGAGUACAAGCAGUCGUGGGGAGGGAUGGUGAGAAGAGGAAUGGGAAGAGACUUCUCGUGGCAAAACGCCGCCGUUCUGUACGAGCAGGUUUUCCAAUGGGUUUUCAUGGAUCCUCCCUACGUUGGUUAAAACCGGCUAAUCAUUAACCGAACCAAAUGUAGAAAUAGCCCUACCGGAGGACUUUCAUCCGGUUAUCCAAAAUCCCAUCUCCCGGUUUCGGGAUAUUCUCAAUAUCCAUGAGUUAACUUAACACUGUUAUUUAAUUUUUGUUUGAUUUAGUUUUGGGGAUAUAAUUUAUUUUUAAAGUGGAAUA